AUGGAUUCUGCGUACGAGACGAGCCACAUUCGCAAGCUGCAGGUACAGCACAUGAGGAUGCAGGAGAAGACUUUCACCAACUGGAUCAACAACGUCUUCCAGCAUGGCCGGGUGGGCAUCAAGCUCCAGAACCUGUACACGGAGCUGGCUGAUGGCAGCCACCUACUUAGGCUGCUGGAGCUCAUCUCGGGGGAGGCCCUGCCACCCCCCAGCCGGGGCCGCCUGCGGGCGCACUUCCUGGAGAACAACAGCCGUGCUCUGGCUUUCCUCAGGGCCAAGGUGCAAAUACCCCUCAUUGGGCCGGAGAACAUCGUGGACGGAGACCAGACACUCAUCCUGGGACUCAUCUGGGUCAUCAUUCUGCGUUUCCAGAUUUCCCACAUCUCCCUGGACAGGGAGGAGUUUGGGGCCAGCGCAGCCCUGCUGUCUGCCAAGGAAGCUCUGCUGGUCUGGUGCCAACGGAAAACAGCCAGCUACCCCAAUGUCAACAUCACCGACUUCUCCCGCAGCUGGAGUGACGGGCUCGGCUUCGGUGCCCUCAUCCAUGCACACAGGCCAGACCUGCUUGACUACUGCUCCCUGCGUCCCGAGCACCCACUGCACAACAUUGACCUGGCUUUCCGCGUGGCUGAGCAGGAGCUGGGCAUUGCUCAGCUGCUGGACCCCGAGGACGUGGCAGCCCCCCAGCCUGACGAGCGCUCCAUCAUGACCUAUGUCUCCCUCUACUACCAUCACUUCUCCCGCCUGCACCAGGAGCAGACGGUCCAGAGGAGACUUGCUAAGAUCCUGCGUCAGCUGCAGGAGACCAAGGAGCUGCAGACCCAGUACGAGCAGCUGGUGGCCGACCUGCUGUGCUGGAUCGCAGAGAAGCGGGCGCAGCUGGAGGCGCGGGAUUUCCCAGACUCCCUGGCCGCCACGCGCCGGCUGCUGGUGGCCUUUGCCCGCUUCCGCACCCAGGAGAAGCCGCCGCGGCUGCAGCAGCGAGGGGCCACAGAGGCCCUGCUCUUCCGGCUGCAGACUGCGCUUCGGGCCCAGAACCGCAAGCCCUUUCUGCCUCACGAGGGCCUGGGCCCUGCAGAGCUGUCCCAGUGCUGGGCAGGCCUGGAGCGGGCAGAGGCCUCCCGGAGCCAGGCCCUGCUGCAGAGGAUCCUACAUCUGGAGCGGUUGGAAGCCCUGGUCCAGCGCUUCCAGCGCAAGGCAGCCCUCAGGGAGAGCUUUCUGACAGACACAGAGUGCAUGCUGGACCAGGCUGCAGCCGCAGCCCCGCCAACCAGCCUGGCCACAGUGGAGGCGGCUGCCCAGAGGCUGGGCAUGCUGGAGGCCAGCAUCCUGCCCCAAGAGGGGCGCUUCCAGGUCCUGGCCGAGAUCGCAGACAUCCUCCAGCAGGAGCAGCACCAUGGCUGGGCAGAUGUGGCCUGCAGGCAACUGGAGAUCACUGGGCGCUGGGAGCGACUCCUUGAGCGUCUCCAAGGGCAGAAGAAGCAGACGGCAGAGCUGCAGGCUGUGUUGAGCUUGCUGCAGGAGGUGGAGAGUGCCUCCAACCAGCUCAAGGAGCUCCAGGUGCUGGCCAGCUCCACAGCCUGGGGGCAGCAGUUGGCAGAGACAGUGCAGCUGCUGCAGAAGCACGACCUGCUGGAGGCCCAGGUCUCAGCCCACGGAGCCCAUGUGCACCAUCUUGCCCUCCAGACCGCGGAGCUGGACUCCUCCCAGGGCACUAGUGUGGAGGUGCUGCAGGCCAAGGCCCAGGCACUGGCCCAGCUCCACUGGAGCCUGGUGUCCCUCGUCAGGGACCGGCGGGCCUUGCUGGAGCAGAGCAUGCAGCAGGCAGAGUUCCUGCACAACUGUGGGGAGGAGGAAGCCUGGCUGAGGGAGCGCAGGCAGCUGGUGCAGGAGGAGGCCGUGGGCCGGGACCUCAGCCAGAUCAGAGCGGCCCUGCGGAAGCACAAGGCCCUGGAAGCCGAGCUGCGCCACCACCAGGCUGUGUGCGCUAAUCUUGUGCGGAGGGGAUGCGACCUGGGGGCCCGCGGGCCCCCCACGCGGCCGGAUCCCCGCGAGAGGGCCGAGGCGCUGCAGGGCGCCUGGCAGAGUCUCCGGGCCCGGGCGGCCAGGCGGGGAGCGCGGCUGCAGGCGGCUCUGCUUGUCCAGCAGUACCUAGCGGACGCGGCAGACGCGGCCUCGUGGCUGCGAGAGCAGCGGUCGGCGCUGGCGAGCGCUCCGUGCGGGCGGGACCAGGCGGCCGCCGAGGCCUUGCUGCUGCGCCACCGGCGGCUGGAGCGCACGCUGCACGCCUUCGGGGCCGAGCUGCGGCAGCUGGACGAGCAGGCGCGGGCGGCCGCAGCCCAGGUGUCCCUCACGGUGGUGUCUGCCCUGAGCUCUCCAAAGGAAGGCCUGAGGCACGUGGGGACCUGGAGUGAGGUCUCCUGCCACUCCGCCCCCCCGGGCACCCAGAAGAUGGCCCUCUCGGCUGAGCCUGACGCUAACUUUGACCCUAACACCAUACUCCACACACAGGACUGCCUGAGCAAGGACUAUGAGGGCCUGCGGGCCUUGGCAAAGCACCACAGGGCGCGGCUGGAGGAGGCAGUGGCCCUGUGUGGCUUCUAUAGCUUCUGUGGGGAGCUGCAGUCCUGGCUGGAGCACCAGACAGCCCUGCUCCGAACGCUGCAGCCCCAGGCCCACAACUUGGAGGUCACACAGCUCACAUUUGAGAACUUCCUCACUGCUCUGGCUGUGGGAAGGGGCUGCUGGGCUGAGGUCAGCAGCAAUGCGGAGCAGCUGAAGCAGAGAUAUCCUGAAGAUACCCCCAAAAUCCAGCAACAGCAGGAGGAACUGAGCCGGAGGUGGGGGCAGCUGGAAGCCCUGAAGAAAGAGAAGGAAACGCAGCUGGUGCGCACCACAGGUGUGUGCGGUUUUCUGCACGAGUGUGGAUCCACACAGGUCCAACUGCAAGACCUGAUACUCCAGCUGGAAACCCUAGAGCUGGGGCAGUCAGAGGACAGCCACUGCGCCCUGCAGCUGGCCCAGCAGAAGAUGCUAACGCUGGAGAGCAACGUCCAGUACCUGCAAAGGGCGGCCAUGAAAGCAGAGGAGUUGGACCCCACAGAGAGCCAGUCCCUGCAAGAACGGGUGGAGCCGCUGCAAGGACUGCUGGAGCGAGGACAGCAGCAUAUGGCCCAACAGGCCAGGGCCCGGGCCGAAGAGCGGGCACGGCGGAGCUUCCUGCGGGAGAGUCAGCAUCUGCUGCUGUGGGCGGAAGGUGUCUGGGCUCAGCUGCGCAGCGAGGAGAAGGUGGCGGGUGUGGCCUCGGAUGUGGCCUCGGCCCAGCGGCUGCUGAUGGAGCACAGAGACCUGCUGGAGGAGAUCCAGCUGCAGCAGGAGAGGCUGCAGCAGCUGGAGGCCCAGGGCCAGGCCAUUUCAGCCUUGGACUCCCCAGACUCCCAAGAGGUGGCCCGUGCUCUGAGGCUCCUGAGCCAGCAAGGCCGGGGCCUGCAGGCCGCCUGGGAGCAGCGACAGCAACGGCUGCAGGAGGGACUGGAACUGCAGAAAUUUGGCAGAGACGUAGAUGGUUUUGCUGCCACCUGUGCCAGCCACACGGCCUUCCUGCAGCAGGACAAGCUUGGGGAUGAUGUAGGGGAGGCCCAGGGCCUGCUACAGCAGCACCAGGAGUUUGGGUGGCUCCUGGGUGUCCUUGGCCGUCGAGCAGAGGCUCUGCGGGCACGUGGCGAGAAGCUGGCCCCGAGCCAACACCCUGCUGCGCACAAGGUCCGAGAGCAGCUGCAGAGCAUCCAGGUACAGUGGACCAGGGUCCAGGAGAGGAGUGAGCAGAGGAGGAGGCAGCUGCUGGCUUCCCUCCAGCUCCAGAAAUGGAAGGAGGAUGUGGCGGAGCUGGUGCUGUGGAUAGAGGAGAAGGGGCUGAGGGCAGCGGAUGAGCCUUCCUGGGAGCCCAGCAACAUCCUGCAGCAACUCAAGCGGCACAAAGCAGCUGAGCGCGAGCUGCUGGCCACCCAUGGGCACGUGGAGGGCCUGCAGCAGGUGGGGAGACAGCUGUUGAGCGACAGGCCCCGUGCCCAGGAAGAUGUGCAGGCCAGCCUCCAGGGCCUGAGUAGCAAGUGGGAAGAGUUGAAGCACAAGUUGGCCGAGCAGGGGGACCGGCUCCAGCAGGGUAGACAGCUCCUGGGGCUGCUGCAGGCUGCCAAGGGGAAGAUGGAGCAGCUGGAGGGAGCCCUGCAGAGCGCAGAAACGGGGCAGGACCUGGGCUCGAGCCGGGGGCUCCAGAAGCGGCACGGCCGACUGGGAAGCGAGAGCCAGGCCCUGGCUGGCGAGGUGGCUGUCCUUGUGUGCCAGGCCCGCCAGGGGCUCACUUCCCAGACCAUCGUGGGAGAGACCCAGAAGUACCUACAGAGGUUCGAGUCCCUACAGGGACAUCUGGCUGCCCGGCACCUACAGCUGCAGGCCUCAGUGGGGCUGUAUCAGUUCUACCAACUAAGCAACCUGGAGCUCGCUUGGGUGGCUGAGCACAUGCCCAGUGCCAGCUCCGCCCCAUGCACCAAUGGUGCCCAGAGCCUUCGCCGCAAGCACGAGGAGCUCUGGGCGGAGGUGAAAGCCCACCAGGGACAGGUGCAGCAGGUUCUGGGUUCCGGACAAAGCCUCGCAGCCUCGGGGCACCCCCAAACCCCCCGCAUCCUGGAGCAGUGCCAGAAGCUGGAGGGCCGCUGGGCAGAGCUGGAGCAGACGUGUGAGGCGCAGGCCCAGUGCCUGCAGCAGGCUGUCGCUCUCCAGCAGUGUGUGCUGGCUGCGUCGGAGCUGGAGGACUGGGUGAAGGAGAAGCAGCCCCUGGUGAGCAGUCAGGACUGUGGUGAAGACGAGGCAGCCACCAUCAGGCUCAUUGGGAAGCACCAGGCCCUGCAGCAGGAACUGGCUCUCUAUUGGAGCUCCCUGGAGAAGCUUGACCAGAGGGCGCAAAAGCUCGCUGGCCCCGGGGCCACAGAGCCACUGGCCGCGGUCCGGGAGAGGCUCCGGGAGCAGCUGCAAGCGCUGCAGGAGUGGGCAGCCACACGGGGCCGGGAGCUGGAGGGGACUCUGAAGCUGCACGAGUUCAUGGGGGAGGCCGAGGAGCUGCGGAGCUGGCUGGCUAGCCAGAAGCCGGUGGCCGGGCCAGCGGAGAGCCUCGGAGAAGACCAUGCACACAUCCUGCACCUCCGCACCAAGUUUGCAAGGUUUCAGCACCACGUGGAGCUGGGCGGCCGGCGGGUGGCAGCCUGCCUGACGCUGGUAGAGAACCUGCUGGAGCUCGGGCACAGGGCCGCCCCCGAUGCCCGGCAGAGGCAGCAGGACCUGCAGGCUGCCUGGUCGGAGCUGUGGGAGCUGACCCAGGCCCAAGGCCACCUGCUCCAAGACGCUGAGGUCACCCUCAGAGUACACAGAGAUCUGUUGGAAGCCCUCAUGCAGGUCCAGGAGAAAGCCACAAGCCUCCCCAGUGAGGUGGCCGCAGACCUGCGUGGGCUGGAGGCCCAGCUGAGGAGACACGAGGAGCUGGAGCAUGAGCUCGUGGGCACUGGGCGGCAGCUGCAGGAACUGCUAGAGGCUGCGAGCGCAGUACAGAAGCUGGGGCCGGGGCCCCAGGCCCGUGCCGUGCGGCAGAGGCAGCAGACUCUGGUGCAGGCCUGGGAGGCCCUGAAGCUACGCUCAGUGCAGCGCAGGACCCAGCUGGAGCGGGCAUGCCUCCUGGCCCGUUUCCACAGAGCGGUGCAGGACUACACCUCCUGGGUGGCCGCCGUGGGGCAGGAGCUGCAGGGAGAGGAGAACUCCCAGGAGCCCAGCAGUGGCCUUCUAAUGCUGCUCAGCGCCCACCGGCAGCUCCGGGCAGAGCUGGAGGCCCGGGAGGAGCUGCACCAGAUGGCCUCCCAGCUGGGCCAGCAGGCGCUUCUGGCUGUAGGGACACCCAGCAAGGAGGUCCAGGACGGGCUGCGAGCCCUACAGGAUGAGCGGGACCAGGUGUUCCAGGCCUGGGAGCAGAAGGAAGAGAAACUGCAGGCCAUGCACCGGGAGCAGCUCUUCCUCAGAAAGUGUGGCCACCUGGACGAGAUCCUCACAGCCCAGGAGGUCUCCCUGAAAACCGGUGCCCUGGGGAACUCAGUGGAAGAGGUAGAGCAGUUGAUCCGCAAACACGAGACUUUCCAGAAAGUUCUGACUGCCCAAGAUGAGAAAGAGGCAGCUCUGUGUGAGCAGGCGAAGACACUUGGGGGCCCCCACGUGCAGGAUCGGCUCCGCACAGUGCUAGUGCAUCGGGCUCGAGUGAAGGACCUGGCAGAGAGCCGGGGACAAGCCUUGCACGCCUCUCUGCUGAUGACUGGCUUCACCAGGGCCGUGACCCAGGCCCAGGACUGGAUCGAGGAGCGAAUCCAGCAGCUGAAAGAGCCAGUCCCUCCUGGGGACCUGAAAGAUAAGUUGAGGCUCUUGGGAAAACACCAGGCCUUCGAGGCUGAGGUCCAGGCCCACGAGACGUUCAUAACCUCUGUCACCAAGGAGGGCGAGGCUCUCCUGGCUCAGAGCCACCCUCGGGCAGGAGAGGUCUCCCGGAGGCUGCAGGUGCUGCAGGAACACUGGCGGAAGCUGAGGCAGGCGGUGGCUCUCCAGGGCCAGGACCUGGAGGACAGAUGGAACUUCCUGGAGUUUCUGCGGAGAGCUGACCUUGCAGAUGCCUGGAUCCAGGAAAGGGAGGCGAUGGUGAACCUGGGCGACCUGGGCCAGGACCUUGAGCACUGUCUGCAGCUCCGCAGGCAGCUCCGCAAGCUCCCAGGAGUCUGGGCCCGGGACACAGUGAAUGACACCCACGUCAGGAGCGUCAAUGACUUGUCCCUGAAGCUCGAGAACCUGGACCCUGAGCAAGUCAGAACCAUCCACCAGCGGCGACAGCAGCUGAAUAGCAGAUGGGAGAGUUUCCAUGGCAACCUACUCUGGUACCAGCUGCAGCUGGAAGGGGCCCUGGAGAUACAUACGUUGUCCCGAGAGCUGGAUGACCUGGCUGCGUGGAUAGGGGAGAAGGCCGCCCUGGUCCAGGCCCCGGACUAUGGGAAGGAUCUGGAGAGCGUGCAGAGGCUGAUCUGGAAACACAAGGAGCUGGGGCAAGAAAUGGGCCUCCUCCAGGCCCGGGUGGAGUCCCUAGAGCGGGCGGUGGGCCGCGUCUGCCAGAGAAGCCCCGGGACAGCCCACAGCCUCAGCCGCAAGCAGCGGGAGGUGACGGACAGUUGGUGGCAGCUCUGGAGGGGGGCCCAGAAGCGGGGGGAGUCACUGGAUGCCUUACACGAAGCUCAGAAACUGCAGGCCAUGCUGCAGCACUUGGUGGGCUGGGCCCGGGGGCUGCGGGCAGAGAUGGAGGGCCGGAGCGCCCCGCGCAGCCCUGCUGAGGCCCGGCGCAGGCUGGAGGAGCACCAGGAGCUCAAGGCCGAGCUGGACUCCCGGACAGACAGCAUCGGCCUGGCCCGAAGCACUGGGCAGCGACUGCUUGCAGCCGGCCGCCCAUCUACCCCUGACCUCCGCCGGGCCCUGGCUGAUUUAGACCAGGAGCUGAGCAGCCUGGAAGGGGCCUGGCAGAAGCACCAGCUCCAGCUGCAGCAGGCCUUGGAGCUCCAGCUGGUUCUGCGUUCUAUGGAGCAGAUGGAAAGUUGGCUCUGCAGCCAGGAGGCCUGCCCCGCUAGCGAGGGUCCGGAGGACUCUUUGGCCACUGUGGAGACCCUCCUGCAGAAGCACAAGGUGCUGGAGCGGGGCCUGGAGGCUCAGGCUGAAAAGAUCAGGGCGCUGGAGGCCGCGGCCCGCAGCCUGCACCGGAGUGGGCACCCUGAGGCCCAGGGUGCCCUGGGUCGGUGCCAGGCCAUGCUCCUGAGGAAAGAGGCACUGGUAGAGCGAGCCGGCACCCGUCGCCGCCAGCUGGAGGAGCUCCGGCAGCUGCAGACUUUCCUGCAGGAUUCCUCUGAGGUGGCCACAUGGCUGAGGGAGAAGAAGUCGGUGGCCCUGGAAGAGGGCUGGAGGGACCCCGCUGUGCUGCAGGCCCACUUGUGGAAGCAGCAGAGUCUCCAGGCUGAGCUAGACGCAAGCGUCCACCACCAGCAAAGGCUGCAGAUGGAGGGGCAGAGGCUGCUGCAGGAGGGCCACCCGGCCUCAGAGAGCAUCCGGGAGCAGCUGCGGGAGCUGGGAGAGCUCUGGGACGAGAUGCGGGCCAAGAGCCAGAGGGAGGCAGCCGCUCUGCAAGAGGCUUGCAAGGCCCUGCAUCUCCGGCGGAGUGUGGAGGAACUAGAGAGCUGGCUGGAGCCUGUGGAGGUUGAGCUGAGUGCCCCCAUCGGGGACCCGGACCAGCCUGGGCUGGAUGAGCUCCUGCGGGCACAGGGGGAGCUGGAGGCCGCCGUGGAUGGGCGGGCCAGGCGGGCACGGUGGCUGCUGGACCAGGCCCGGGUCCUUACAGGGGAAGGCCGCUGCCUCAACCAAGACGUGGAAGACCAGGCCCAGCAGCUGCUUCGGAGGUUUGAGAGCCUGCAGGAGCCCCUGCAGGGGCGCAGAGCCGCCCUGGAGGCCCGGAGCCUGCUCUUGCAGUUCUUCAGGGAUGUUGAUGAAGAGAUGGCGUGGGUGCAGGAGAAGCUGCCUCUGGCUACGGCCCAGGACUGCGGGCAGAGCCUGAGCACCGUGCGACACCUGCAGGAGAAACACCAGAACCUGGAGAGCGAGCUGAGUAGCCACGAGGCUCUGACCCAGGCCGUGGUGGCUGCGGGACGCAAGCUGGUGCAGGCCGGGCACUUUGCAGCCGGCGCCGUGGCCGCCCGGGUGCAGCAGCUGGAGAGCGCCGUGGGCUGCCUGCGGGCAGAGGCCACGCAGAGGCGGCUGCAGCUACAGCAGGCUCAGGAGGCCCAGCAGUUCCUGACGGAGCUCCUGGAGGCAGAGUCCUGGCUGGAAGAACGGGGCUGUGCCCUGGACAUCAAGGAUGUGGGCCAGAGUGCCGAGGCCACGCGCGCCUUUCUGCGGGGGCUGGAGGCCACCAGGAGAGACCUAGAGGCAUUCAGCACGCGAAUUGAGAGGCUGCAGCAGAUGGCGGCCCUCCUGGAGAGCAGGCAGAACCCAGAAAGGGCGCUGGACCGGAUGCGGGCGCUGAGGGCGGCCCAUUUAGGGCUGCUGCAGAGGGUGGAAGGCCGGGGGCAAGGCCUGCGGGAACAGCUGCAGUGCCACCAGUUGGAACGGGAGGCCCUGCUCCUCGAAACCUGGCUGGCCAGCAGGGUGGCCACGGCUGAGUCCCAGGACCUCGGGCGGGACCUGGAGGCCGUCAAGGUGCUAGAAGAGAAGUUUGAUGCUUUCAGAGAGGAAGUUCAGAGCCUGGGGCAGGCCAAGGUGCAGGCCCUGAGGGAGCUGGCGGCCUCCCUGGAACGGACGACCCCUAGGUACUCUCCCAGGAUUCAGGCGCAGAGGAGUCGCAUCGAGGCCGCUUGGGAGAGGCUGGACGGGGCAAUAAAAGCCCGCAGCCAGAGCCUGGCCACAGCCCGGGAGGUCCGUGGCUUUGAGCAGGCAGCGGCUGAGCUCCAGGGCUGGAUGCAAGAGAAGUCCACCCUGAUGGUGAGAGACAUCUGUGACCACAGCUCGUCCUCAGUGCAGACCUUGCAGCAACAGCACAGGUGCCUGGAGUGGGACCUGGCAGCUGUGGAGAAGGAGGUGGCCCGGGUGCGGAUGGAGGCCUGCCGACUGGGCCAGCUACACCCCGUGGCCCGGGAGGGCCUGUUCCAGCAGCUGGCCAGGCUGGAGGAGGCCUGGGCCACCCUGGAUGAGAAGGCCCGGGAGCGGGGCCAGCAGCUGGAGCACGCAGCCCGGGGCCAGGCCUUCCUUGGCCACUGUCGGGAACUGCUAGCUUGGGCUCAGGAGAAGCAAGCUCUGGUUUCUUCCGGGGAGCUGGCCGGGGACGUGGUGGGGGCCGAGCGGCUUCUGGUGCAGCACGCGGAGCUGGGGCAAGAAAUCAGGGAGCACUGCCUUCGAGUGCAGGACGUGCGGCGGGAAGGGCAGCAGUUGGUAGACAGCGACCACUUCCUGUCCCCGGAGGUGACAGGGUGUCUGCAGGAGCUAGAAGGGCGGCUGCAGGCACUCACAGAGGCCUGCGCCCUACGCCAAGAGCGCUGCGAGGAGAACUGGGGCCUGCAGAAGCUGCGGCAGGAGCUGGACCGGGCCGAGGCCUGGCUGACCUCCCGGGAGGCUCUACUGCUCGACCCCAGCUGUGGGCACACUGCGUCCGAUGUGGAGUUGCUGCUCUGCAGACACCAGGACUUCGAGAAGUUGCUGACAGCCCAGGAAGAGAAGUUUGCCCAACUGCAGAGGACCAAGGCGGAACAGAAGCUGCCGCAGCAGGGGCCAGGGCUGAGCCCCGGGGGUGCUGGCCAUGCACUCACCGUCCUCCAGCAGAGACCCUUCGGAAGCCGGGGGCCCGGAGUACAGCUGGCUGAGACAAGGGACCUGCAGCCAGGUGAUGCAAAGGGUGCCCCCACCGCGGAGGGGUUUUUGGAGCCCCGGCAGCCGCUCCCGCCUGCAGGGAGGCAGCCCUGCUCGAGCCCCUGGGAUGGCUGCCACGGGAGCCUGGGGAGCAGCUCCCUGAGCCUCUUCUGGGCCAAGAGGACGGCAGCGGAGGAUAUGGCCCCAGUGGCCACCCUUGACCUCGGAGGAGCCCAGCGUGAGAGGCCGGCGAACCAGCACGGCAGGAAACAUGCUUUCUCCUUAAGGCUGAGCAGCGGGGUGGAGACCCUGUGUGCGGCACCUUCGGAAGGGCAAGCUGAGAGCUGGCAUCGAGCCCUGAGCAGCGCGGCCGCCCACAGUCUAAGCCUGGAGCUCCCAGCCAGACCUGUGGGCUUCCCAGCUGUGCCCACUGUUGAGAGAGUGCCCGGCACCGCCGGCCCGCUUAGAUUCCUUGGCUGUCCCCUGACUUCCUCACUGAGGGAGACGCCCCUGAGUGCCGAUGGCCAGCCACGACCCUUGGAGUUCCUACAGGCUGCAGGCCCUGCCCCGGCACCUGCCCACGGCUCCCACUGCCUUUCCUGCCCCAGCCAGGCCCAAGGUCUGAGCCCUGAAGCAAACCCUGAGGUGGCACCAAACCUCAGGGCUACAAACAAGGACAACCUCUAGGGGACCAGCACAGGACUCUGCUACCAGGACCAGCAUCUGGAACGGACGGUUCCUUGUUAAGAGGCAGCCCUAGCCAAGGUCACAGCUUUGCUGUGGUAGGCCAUGCGUGCUUGUCCCCAUGGCUCCU